AUGCCUCCUUCAACUAUGCGCGCUGUGGUGCUCAAAGGUGACUUCGAGGUCGCCGUCGAGGACAGACCGUACCCGAAACUCCAGAAGCCCACGGAUGCUGUCUUGAAAGUCACGUCCACGGCACUUUGUGGCUCGGAUCUGCACUUCUACCGCGGCCACCUGAAGUGCCCACCAAACUUCAUCUGUGGCCACGAGUUUGUCGGCGUCAUCGAGGAGAAAGGCGAUGCGGUCACCAACUUUGAGAUCGGUGACAAGGUCGUCGUGCCGUUCUACACGGCUUGUCAGGAAUGUUAUUACUGCGUGAGGGGCCAGGCCAGCCGUUGUGCCAAAGGCGAAUUGUUCGGGAAUUCUGUGCCGGCCAACACGGUUGAUGGUGGACAGGCCGAGUACGUCAGGGUCCCGUUGGCGAAUACCACGCUUGUGAAGACCCCGAGUGGGAUUCCGGAGGAAAUGCUGGUCCUCAUGGCCGACAUCUUCCCGACGGGUUACUUCGCCGCCAGCCGCUUCCUGAAGAACCUUCCUCAGCGGGAUCGAGACGAGUUCACCACCGUCGUCAUCGGCUGUGGCCCUGUCGGCAUUUGCGCCAUCACCUGCGCUCUGACCAUGGUCAAGACCGUCUAUGCCAUAGAUUCUGUUCCCGAACGUCUCGCCGAAGCGGAGAAGAUUGGUGCCAUCCCUAUCAAUCUGAAUGACAACCCUGUCGAGAAGAUCAAGGCUGCUUCCGGCGGACGUGGCGUCGACGUCGUGCUCGAGGUGGUCGGACAUGCCGAUGCGUUCAUGUUGGGGUUCGAUAUGAUCCGUCCGUGGGGUCAGAUCUCGUCCAUCGGUGUGCAUACGGAAAUGCUCCCUCUCAAUGGACUGUUGUGCUAUGGCAAGAACAUCACCAUGGCCUUUGGAAGGUGUCCUGUGCGGAGUAUCUUUGAAGAUGCGCUCGAAGUGCUGGUCAAGGAGCAGAAGAAAGUGGCCUUCUUGUGCGGAAAGACCAUGUCCCUGGAGGACGCGCCACAGGCAUACAAGGACUUUGAGGCAAGAAAGGUCCAUAAGAUUGUGUUCAAGCCAGGCGGUGAAAAGACCGGUCAAGUUAUUGCUGACAAAGUAUAA